CCUAAUUUGGCACCCCGUAACAACCAGACGUCAGUGGUCUGCGGCUGUAACGUUUAGUGAGUUUACUGCUAGCUUUUGUUCGAGGGACACUAAACUAGCUACCGAAUAGCUAUCGACACAUCAAUACAGGGAGGGUAAACGAUAUAAACCUGCAUUCAAUACACACGAGUGUGAGACGUUGUUCAGCUCGACGUAAAAACAGGACUGUACUAGGACUCUCCAGUUGACACCAGCACCUUCCUCUGCCACUGCUCCUGCGCUGCUCUCAUCCAUCCACUGCUCUUAUUGGUUGCCCUCUCCGGUUCUUAAAAUGGCAACUAUGUUCCUACUCUGGCAGUGCCACUGACUUCCACCCUGGACUACCACCAUGGAGAGAAAACGCAGAAAGAAAUUAAUUUAGCUGCUACGGCUGUUUUCAUUAUGGACUCGUUUUUAGAGCUCUGGACUUGAAAUGCUCUACCCCAACCCUUGACCCUGAUCCAGGUUUUAGCUGCUCAUUUUUCAUCUGAAACAGCAUACCUGUUGCUCAAGCUUAAAGGGCCUGGACAGAUUGAUGGUCUGCGCUAUGACACAAGUCAAAAUGCUCCUGGUUCCUGUGUGGGGGUCCAUUCUUUUGGGGUUGUUGUCAGGCUUCCUGCCUGUGGUGGGGAUGGAACCAGCGGGAGGGGCCACAUCUGGCUCAGAACAUGUCCCCAACUCAGACCCCCUCCCUUCGUCAUCUGGCUCCAACUGCUCCCAGUUAACCCUCAAGCUUGAGUUUUCCUCCAAGGUGGUUGAACAUGAGUACAUCGUAGCAUUUACAGGGUAUUUUUCAGCCAAAGCUCGCAGCCUGUACAUCAGCAGCGCCCUGCGGAAUGCUGGGGACCAAGCGCUGGAGUGGCACAUUGUUCCCAGAGAAAACCCGGCCUCUGACUUCCCCAGCGACUUUGAGCUGGUCCAUAUCCGUCAAGCUUCACCCAGCAGUCUGCUCACCUUAGAGGACCACCCUUACAUCAAGAGGGUCACGCCGCAACGCAAAGUGUUUCGCUCGCUAAAAUACAUUCCCUCACCUGAACCUGCUGCACCCUGCAAUGCUACCCGUGGGACGCAAAAAUGGCAGUCGUGGCAGUCAUCCCGCCCUUUCAGACGAACCAGCCUGUCACUAGGUUCAGGUUUCUGGCACGCCACCGGUCGCCACUCCAGCCGGCGUCUACUGCGGGCCAUCCCCCGCCAAGUCGCCCAGAUCCUGCAGGCAGAUGUACUCUGGCAGAUGGGACACACUGGUUCUGGUGUUAAGGUUGCAGUGUUUGAUACAGGCCUUAGUGAGAAGCACCCACAUUUUAAGAACGUGAAAGAAAGGACCAACUGGACUAAUGAGAAGACACUGGAUGAUGGCCUUGGUCAUGGUACAUUUGUUGCAGGAGUGAUAGCCAGUAUGAGAGAGUGUCAGGGCUUUGCCCCCGACUCAGAACUGCACAUCUUCAGAGUGUUCACCAACAACCAGGUGUCGUACACCUCAUGGUUCCUGGAUGCUUUCAACUAUGCCAUUCUGAAGAAGAUCGAUGUUCUUAAUCUCAGCAUCGGGGGGCCUGACUUCAUGGACCACCCCUUUGUUGAUAAGGUGUGGGAGCUGACUGCCAACAAAGUCAUCAUGGUCUCUGCUAUCGGCAAUGAUGGACCCCUGUAUGGCACCCUGAACAACCCAGCAGACCAAAUGGACGUGAUCGGGGUGGGAGGGAUUGACUUUGAGGACAAUAUUGCCAGGUUUUCCUCCAGAGGCAUGACCACCUGGGAGCUGCCAGGCGGCUAUGGCAGAGUGAAGCCUGAUAUCGUCACAUACGGUUCUGGCGUUCGUGGAUCAGGGAUGAAGGAGGGAUGUCGCUCUCUGUCUGGCACCAGUGUGGCCUCUCCUGUGGUGGCCGGUGCUGUCACUCUCCUGGCCAGCACUGUCCUGAACCGGGAGUUGGUGAACCCAGCCUCCAUGAAGCAGGCUCUGAUUGCGUCGGCUCGCAGGCUGCCGGGGGUCAACAUGUUUGAGCAGGGCCACGGGAAACUAGACCUGAUCAGAGCCUAUCAGAUACUCAACAGCUACAGACCUCAGGCCAGUCUUUCUCCCAGCUACAUCGACCUGACAGAGUGUCCAUACAUGUGGCCUUAUUGCUCUCAGCCCAUCUACUAUGGAGGAAUGCCCACAAUUGUCAACGUGACCAUUCUUAAUGGCAUGGGUGUCACGGGCAGGAUUGUCGACAAGCCCAUCUGGCAGCCCUACCUCCCCCAGAACGGAGAUCACAUUGAUGUGGCUGUCUCCUAUUCACCAGUGCUGUGGCCAUGGGCUGGCUACUUGGCUGUGUCCAUCUCUGUGGCCAAGAAAGCAGCAUCAUGGGAGGGGAUUGCUCAAGGUCAUGUGAUGGUCACAGUGGCAUCACCUGCAGAAAAUGAUUCUGAGGUGGGUGGAGAGCUGACCUCUACAGUCAAACUGCCCAUCAAGGUGAAGAUAGUGCCAACUCCCCCACGCAGUAAGAGGGUGCUAUGGGACCAAUACCACAACCUGCGCUACCCACCCGGCUACUUUCCUCGAGACAACCUCCGCAUGAAAAAUGACCCACUUGACUGGAAUGGGGACCACAUCCACACUAACUUCAGGGACAUGUACCAGCACCUGAGGAGUAUGGGGUACUUUGUUGAGGUUCUGGGAGCUCCCAUCACCUGCUUUGAUGCCAGCCAGUACGGCACGUUGUUGAUGGUGGACAGUGAGGAGGAAUAUUUCCCUGAAGAGAUCACCAAGCUGAGGAGAGACAUUGACAACGGCCUAUCACUUAUUAUCUUCAGUGACUGGUACAACACCUCAGUCAUGAGGAAGGUCAAGUUCUACGACGAAAACACAAGGCAGUGGUGGAUGCCAGACACAGGGGGCGCAAACGUACCAGCACUGAACGACCUGAUCUCAGUGUGGGGGAUGGCUUUCAGUGAUGGGCUGUAUGAGGGAGAUUUCACCCUGGCUGAUCAUGAUAUGUACUACGCCUCAGGCUGCAGCAUUGCCCGUUUCCCAGAAGAUGGAAUAGUCAUUGCCAAGAACCUAAAGGACCAAGGUUUGGAAGUGUUAAAGCAGGAGACAGCGGUGGUGGAGGGAGUUCCCAUCCUUGGACUGUACCAAACACCAUCUGAUGGGGGAGGUCGUAUUGCCCUGUAUGGAGAUUCGAACUGUAUUGACGACAGCCACAGACAGAAAGAUUGUUUCUGGCUGCUAGAUGCUCUCCUUCAGUACACUUCUUACAGUAUGACCCCUCCCAGCCUCAGCCACUCCCACAGCAGGGUAGCACCUCCAACAGGCACCGAGCGCCCACUGCCACAGAGACUGGAAGGCAACCAUCUAUACCGCUACUCCAAGGUUCUGGAGGCUCACCUGGGAGACCCUAAGCCCCGCCCACUACCAGCAUGCCCCCAUCUGUCUUGGGCAAAGCCACAACCAGUAAACGAGACAGCACCAAGUAACCUGUGGAAGCACCAGAAGCUUCUCUCAGUGGAUCUGGACAAGGUGGCUCUUCCUAAUGUGAGGGCAUACCGUCCUCAGGUCAGACCUCUGUCUCCUGGAGAGAGUGGGGCCUGGGACAUCCCUGGAGGGAUAAUGCCUGGUCACUACAACCAAGAAGUGGGACAGACCAUCCCUGUCUUUGCCUUCCUGGGAGCAAUGGUCGUCCUGUCCUUUUUCGUGGUCCAACUUACCAAGGCUAAGAGCAAACCCAAACGCAGGAAGCCCCGCAUCAAACGGCCCACAUAUCUCCAGCAGCAGCAGACAACUGGGAAAAACCCUACAGUUUGACCGGGACUGCAACUCUGAACUGCUGCUGGAUGGAGAGCUGGAUUUCCCUCCAAAAACUGUUAAAAGGACAACCUGUGUUGAGAAGCAGCAUUGGAGGCUUGGAAUUUUGUGGGGUUGUAAUGAACUGUUGAGGCAGACGUCUGACUUCUUAAACUCAAGCCUGCUGGAUGUGAGCGGCAUCCAGGAAUCUGCCGGAUGCUCAAACAGUUUUUGUGCCUCUUCUCUGUUCAAGGCUGUUCGUGGGUGUUUGUGUGUUUGUGGACAAAUGAACAGUAUUAGACAGUGUUUCGCACAUGAUGUACAACACACAGUACACAUCUGGCUCUAAAAUGCCUGUUCCCGACAGACGUGACGUCAACAUUUUCCUCUCUCUUCUUUGACCAAACGGUUUCUUUUUGAAUGUAUCUGAUUUUUAUAUUUAUUGAAUUUGUUCAUACCCUAACACACAUACUCACACACAAACACAAAAUACACGGCAUACUGCGCACACUUUGAAAAUGAAGCAGUUGCCAUAAACAAUGACAGAAACACACACAUGCAAUCAUGUUUCCAACAUGAGGACCAUUGGAUGAUCAAGUUGUCUUCUCCUCUGUCAUCAUCUACUGUUUUGUAACUCCUGUUUAGACUCACUGUCUUUUCAUUGUUUUGUAUUUUCUGUAAUUACUGAACUUGAACUCUGGCCAGGCAUUCUGUUGAUAUCCUCCUUCAUGAUCUCAUGGUCAACAAAGUAGCAUCGACAGACUCAUUCAAAUAUAUCUCAUCAAUAAAAGCAUUAUCAAAGUGA